AUGACUUCGCCCAACGACAUCGUCAUGGGCCAAAGCCAAGACCCCGGCGACUUCCAAACCCACCAGCCCUUCACGGCUGAGGAAAACAUUGACCACCUGAAUGCCAUCGGCCGCUCCAUCGCUCAACUCAUGAGCCACACCGCCACGGCGCUCAACGCCCUCACUACACCCGCCAGCGCCGAGCCCGUAGCAGACGGCGCCAACCAGCCGGCCCUGGACCCGCCGUCGCAAAAGGAGGCGUUCCGCUCGGCCACCGACUCCUUCCUCACCACACUGCACAGCAUCGACGUGCGCAUGAAGCGCCAGGUGCUGGCCCUCGAGGAGGCAGGCAUCGUGAAUCUGUCCAACGCCCCGCGACAGGGCCCCAACAGCGCCGCGGCCAAGGCGUCGCUCAAGCCCAAUGGCGUGGGAACCGUCGGAAACCUGGACGUCGGCUGGCUCAACAGCCGAAGCUGGCGCGUGGAGCGGGACAUGGAGGCGGAGCUAUGGCAGGAGGCCCGCGACUUUCUGGAGAAGCAUGACGAAAGUCUCAAGAUGAGCUAG